CGUCCGUGGCCUGUCGGGGGCAUCAAUGCUGGUCUCGGCCCCGAGACUUGGCUCUCCACCCCCGACUGCGCAUUGAUCGCAGCAAAAUAUAAAAAUCUCGGGGCAGUUUGUAUCUGCCAGUGAUGAAAAGCAUAUAUAUACAUAUACAUACAUAUAUCCGGGUCAUCAUGGAUUUCCUUUGCUUUUUCAUUCCACUUUCCUCUCGUUCCCAUUCCAAAGCCGGGAGUAGGGAGGAGGCCUCUAUUUUUCUUGAUUCAUAUAAUACCUUCUGUGUUGAUUUUAAAUUUUUCUACUCAAGACAUGUCAGAAAACGAUAGCCAAAAGUCGUCUACCGACAUAGAGAAAGACGGUGUUGAGGAGUCUACUCCUACGCAGCCUGAUGACUCUCAGUACCCAGGACUAGCAACCGUCAUCCCUAUUAUGGCUGCCUUGUAUCUCGGUGUAUUUCUCGUCGCAUUGGACCGAACAAUCAUUGCAACGGCCAUCCCACGAAUAACAGAUGAUUUCCACUCGCUAAACGAUGUUGGCUGGUACGGGAGCAGCUACCUCAUCGCAGCGUGUUCGUUUCAGUUACUCUACGGCAAGGUAUACACUCUCUACCAUCCUAAAUGGGUGUAUGUGUGCAGCAUUGUUCUUUUCGAAGUUGGUUCUACUAUUUGCGGCGCUGCGCCAACCUCGACGGCGUUUAUUGUCGGACGAGCUAUUGCUGGACUAGGAUCGGCGGGAAUGUUUUCAGGAACAGUUGUCAUUAUUGUGAACACAGUCCCGCUAAGGAAGCGACCUGCCUAUACGGGGUUCAUGGGCGGAAUCUUCGGGAUCUCGUCGGUGGUAGCUCCGUUGUUAGGAGGUGCAUUUACUGAUAAUGUCUCAUGGAGGUGGUGCUUUUACAUCAACUUGCCCAUCGGGGGAUUUGCAAUGGUGAUCAUCCUAUUGCUCCUUAAGCUUCCACAUGUGAAGAAAGCCGAUAACAAGGCCUCGAUUGGCCGGCAUAUCAUGCGCUUAGACCCGCUCGGCACCAUCUGUUUUCUUCCAAGCAUGGUGUGUCUCCUCCUAGCUCUGCAAUGGGGAGGAUCGACUUACCCCUGGAGCAGCGGGAAGGUCAUCCCCUUGCUCGUCGUAUUCGCUGUUCUCAUCUGUGCCUUUGUCGCGAUCCAAAUUUGGGGCGCGGAGGAUGCAACCGUCCCUCCAAGGAUCUUCACUCAACGAAGCAUUCUGUCCGGCUUUUGGUACACGAUCUGCGUGGCUGGUUCCAUGCUCGUCCUUGUCUACUACCUCCCCAUCUGGUUCCAGGCCAUCAAAGGAGCUAGCGCCGUUAAGUCAGGCAUUAUGAAUCUGCCUCUGAUCCUCUCUCUCGUACUCGGUAGCAUCAUGGCCGGCGGUCUCGUCACUGCCACGGGUUAUUAUAACCCCUUCAUGUUUCUUUGUUGUGUCCUUAUGUCCAUCGGCGCCGGACUCAUCACCACUUUUACCCCGACAACAGGCCACCCAAAUUGGAUCGGAUACCAAAUCGCGUACGGCCUAGGGUUAGGGCUAGGCAUGCAACAAGCAGCCGUCGCAUCGCAGACGAUUCUAUCGAAAAAGGACGUUCCGGUUGGCGUUGCCCUUGUAUUUUUCGCCCAAUCUCUUGGAGGAGCGGUAUUUGUUGCCGUUGCGCAGAAUAUCUUCACGAAUAAACUUACUGAGGGCCUCGCGAAAAUUCCCGAUAUGGACCCGUCGAUCAUACUCAAUAUCGGCGCCACAGCUAUCCAUAAAGUUGUUAAAGAUCCCGAAACGCUGACCCGUGUAUUGGCCAUCUACAACGACGGCUUGACGGAUGCAUUUCGUGUGGCUUUGGGUUUAGCAUGCGCGUCUAUCCUUGGUGUGAUAGCCGUGGAAUGGAAGAGUGUGAAGGGGAAGGAGAAGCAAUAAGAAUGUAAAUGCAUACAACAAUCAGGUAUCAAACGAGAUGGGAUGUCAUUUUCUUGGAUUUAAUGUCGCGAUAGAAUAUGUGUCAUAGGUAAUAGGGGCGAUAGACGAACUUGAUAGAGAACUCCAAUUCAU